AGUCCGUGGCGUUCCGCAAUGUUCCCACUCCGAGCCAGCCGACCGAGCGCGCUGAUUGGUUCGUCCAGUCCCCGCUCGGAUAUAUAAGCCGGCAGUGGAAACACCAAAAAGGAGAUCUUCCUGGUCCGAAUCGAACGGGUCGAGAAUCCUCGACCGCUCUUCCGACUUUCUCAAAGAAUACUUGCCUCUCUCCGUAUCCUCGACGAGAAUCCUUGGCUACCCCCGAGCUUCCGAACCACACACCUUCACCUCAGCCAAUCGCGAGCAUCCUCGCCGAGUUUCGUAGCCGAGCAUCCUCGGCGAAUCACAUCACCACCCACGACGAACAUCCUCGUCGAGUCCAUAGGCUAAGUAUCCCUGGCCAAUCAGCUUCAUCUUAUGCCCAGGAAAGAUUCACUCACCGCAAUACUCAUAGAAACCAGAACAGUCGCCAGGACAUCCGCGCCCUGACGAUCUCUUUGCUUCUUUUUGCACGAGGCAGAUCGGACGAACCGCGGAAGCGCCCGCACGUCGCAGCGUCCUUGAUUAAUCCGCGCCCGCCGCGCUUACGGCCGCAUUCACACCAAUGUCCACGCAUUCCGCAGCUCCCCGAUACCCUCCGGACAAGUUCGCCAUUCGCGCUGAUGGUGUACGGCAUUGUACGGACACGUAUCUCGUCGGAAAGACGAAAAGCUGCAAUGGUAGGCUGCUGUGCAAAACAUCGCAAGAAUCGCAGUGAAAAUGGAUUUCGUAUGUUUCGGUUUCCCAAAGACAAGCAACGAAAACAAGUAUGGCUCGAAAAAUGCGGCAAAAGUAUAGCACCGACUUCGAGGUUAUGCGAGCGUCACUUUGAUGACUCCCAAUUUGAAAACCACCGAGAGGAUAAAUGGCGAAAAUUAAAACUAAACGCUGUUCCAACUAUUUUUAAUGAUGAAAAUUCAACAAUUACAUUCAAUAACCAGUUAGCAGUUGGGCAACAAACUCCUCACGAAAACCUAUUUGAAAAUGAUUAUGUUCAAGACUUUAAUCCGGUGAUUUUAACUAAUUUCAACAGUAAUAUUAGGGAUAAUGAGAACGUUAUCGAUGGAAAUUCACUAAAUGAACAUUUUCCAUCAGCAAAAAUGGUCACAGAUACAAGCAUUCAAACUGAUGGUGACAGUGACACACUUAUGUUACAAACAAAAUACAUUUCUAAUGAAGAAGGUACUAUCCGACAAGCUAAUGAAAUAAAAUACUUGCAACUGCAAUUAGAAAAAGAGCGUGCAAAAGCUAAUAUGCUAAAGUCGAAAUAUAAAAAUGAAAAAUUAUUACGACUAAAAAUGACAACAAAAAUGAAAUCUUAUAAGAAAAAAUGUUGUACCUUAUCUGAAAAAUUGGAAAAGAUUCCAUUUUUCAAAAAAUUUGCUGCAGGAUUAUCUAAUCCACAUCAACCAAAAUGGUCUCCUGAAUGCUUAAAACUUGCAAUACAAAUAAGAUACGCUGUUGGAUGGAAGGCCUAUUUAUAUUUGAAAAAAGACCUCCAGUUACCUUUACCAGCUUAUUCUACUUUAUGCAAACACAUCAGUAAACUUAAUUUCUCUCCUGGUCUGUUAAAAGACGUCCUUUCAUUAAUGGCAAAGAAAAAGAAAACUCAUUCAUCUACGCAUCAAAGUGAUAAUGUAGUUUUGAUGGAUGAAAUGGACAUUAAAAAAUCCUUGGAGUAUGAUGUUAGCACAGGGUCAUUUAUUGGACAAACAACGUGUGAAGAACGAGCAAAACUAAGCACUACUGUUGUUGUUUUUAUGCUCAGAGGACUAACAGAAAACUGGAAGCAAAUUAUUUCAUGGCAUCUGACGUCUAAAUCUUCAGAUGAUUGUGUAAUGACCCAAUUACUUUUAGAAAUUGUUGAAGAAAUCGAGAAAAUAGGCUUUAGGAUUCAUGGAUUAGUCUGUGAUAUGGGUCCGAAAAAUCAAGCUAUAUGGCGCAACUUAGGAGUAAACGUUUCGAGGGAUAACGUUGUACCGUUUAUAGAUCAUCCCGUACGAACUGAGUCUGAAAAUUUGCCAUGUAAUGAAGUACGAUUUAAAUACCUUGAAGAAUUAGUUGCAAUUCAAGAACGACAUAGUGAUUUAAAAUUAGCACCAAAUAUAACAGCUGAGAUUUUAAGGCCUUCUUCUUUUAAUAAAAUGCAAGUACCACCAGCAGCGCAUAUAUUUAAUGUAAGAACUGCCGUUGCUCUGGAAACUUUGAUUGAACUGAAAAUGAUAGAUAAAGAAGCUGAAACUACAGCUUGGUUUAUAAGAAAGGUUCGAGCUUGGUUUGAUGUAAUGAAUAGCAGAUACCAAAGUGAAGCUAUAACUUUAAGUAAUAAAAACGUAAAAAUAGCUAUUAUUGAUCAUUUUUUAGAUUUAAUAGAAAAUAUAAUAAUUGGCAAGUCAUGGAAACCAGUUCAGACGGGUAUAAAAAUGUCAGUUUUAAAUACUAUAACACUCGUGAAUUUAUUAUUUAAAACUGGAUAUAACUUUUUUUUAACCUCUCGCCUUAAUCAAGAUGCCUGAUUAGAAAAUUUGUUUUCGACUUUACGUCGACAUGGAAACGAUAAUCCAACUGCUUUAGAAACUAAACGGUGUCUACGACUGAUUACAUUAUGUCAAUUUUUAGACACACGAAAAACCAAAAAAAAUUAUGAAGAUGAUAAUGAUGAGCAUUACGUUCAAUUUUUUUUAUCAAAAGAACCAAAGAAAGGAAAAGAUUUAAUUGUGAUUCCGCCAGAGGAUUGUAUGUAUUCUCCUGUUUAUGAAAAUACACAAAAUUACACUUAUGUAACCCCAAUAACAAAUAGAUUAGAGUGUAAUAUUAUAAACAACGUACUAGGAAGUGCAAUUUCUUAUGUUUUACGAAAAAAAUACGCUUGUAGUGAUUGUUUAAAAGCUUUUACUGAUGAUAAUGGUCAGUAUUCAUUUUAUAUCAAAGCUCUUUCUUUUGGAUUCUUAGAAAAUCCUUCAAAUGGUAUAUUUAACUAUAUUUCUUUAGUUGAAGGUCAUUUGCAAGCGCAUUUUGAUAGAUGUGCUCUGCACCCUUGAUUAUUUGAGCAUUUAUUACAAAUGAUCGAAAAAUAGGCACCUUAUAAAGAAUUAACUAUCUCAAACAUUUGUGCGGAACGUACCAAACCUUGUAAUUUCUUCUACAAUAUUUUACGUCGAUAUAUUCAUAUUCGACAAAUUAUUUUUGUUAACGAUCAAAAAAAGAAAAUACGUUUAACGAAAAAUAAAUCCUUUGCUUCAAAAA